AUGGGCGAGAAACAGACCGAAGCCGUGACCCAUAUGGGGGACGCCGAUCGACAUGAUGAUGCUGUGGUGUAUCUCGAGGGCCAUAGUGAUGUGCGCCCCAACGUGGAUCUGGUGGCUCUGCGCCGCAAGAUCGAUCGGCGGUUGUUGCCCUACAUGUUCUGCUGCUAUGUGCUGCAGUUCCUGGAUAAGGUCAUGCUGAAUUAUGCCGCGGUGAUGGGAAUCAAGAAGGACCUUAAGCUGGUCGGCAACGAGUUCUCCAACACUGCGACAUGGUUCUUCAUCGCGUACCUGAUCGCCGAGGUCCCUAAUGUCUACUGUCUCCAGAAAGUCCCCGCAGCUAAAUGGCUGGGAGGAAACGUCUUCCUCUGGGGUGUCGCUGCGGCUGCCUCUGCUGGCGCUAGCGACUACCGCAGUUUGCUGGUCGCCCGAGUCUUCCUCGGUAUCUUUGAGGCCACCAUUGGUCCAUCCUUGAUGCUGCUGAGCAGUCAGUAUUAUACACGCAGUGAACAGGCUCCUCGAUUUACCUUCUGGUACAUGGGUCUGGGUGUUGCACAGAUCUUGGGUGGUAUCAUCUCGUUCGCCUUCCAGCACGUUCACCAUGCGUCUCUGGAGGGAUGGCGUAUCAUGUUCCUCGUUCUGGGACUGAUCACUGCCGUGGUGGGCACCUUGACCUUCUUCUUCAUUCCCGACACCCCCAUCAAGGCUAAGUGGCUAUCGGAGGACGAGAAGGUCGCUCUCCUGCAGCACGUCAGCGAGAACCAGACUGGCGUGUGGAGCACCACCCUGAAUCUGAAGCAAAUCUUGGACGCUGUUUGCGAUGUCCAGCUCUGGCUCUUGACCUUAACAACUAUUCUGAUCUCUGUAUCGAGUGGUGUCGUGACUACCUACUCCGCAACCUUGAUCUCCGGCUUCGGUUUCUCGGGUCCUAUUUCCGCCCUCCUUAACACCCCCGCCGGUAUUGUGAGCAUCUUCUUUACUCUCCUCGUCGGCUUCGGUAUCCGCAAGACUUCGCACCGCUGGGCCUGGAAUGUUCUCUGCACAAUUCCCGGUAUCAUCGGUGGAGGUCUGCUCUCUUUCCUGCCAAAGAACAACAAGGCUGGUGUGCUGAUUGGCAUUUAUCUGGUCAACGCGAUCGUCGCCACGCUUCCCAUCCUUUACCAGUGGACCAUGGCAAACACUGCAGGCCACACUAAACGUGCCUUCGCCAGUGCCCUCGUCGCCGGCUCCUUUUCCAUUGGCAAUAUCAUCGGCCCCCAGACCUUCCAGGCGCGUGAUGCUCCGCAGUACAGACCUGCUAAGAUUGCGGUUCUCGCAACUCAAGCUGCCGCGGCUGUGCUUUCGGUUGUGCUCUUCUUAUAUUAUAAGUGGGAGAACCGUCGCAGGGAUCAGGUCAAGGGUCCCGUUAAUGAGGCUAUGGUAGAUGAGACCAAGUGGGCUGGUCUCACGGAUCGCGAGAAUCCUUCCUUCCGUUAUGCGUACUAA